AUGGACAUGGAGAAUGUCGACAAUACAGAUCGCCGCACAGCAGACUUCCGGCGCAACCUCCAGACCUAUGAGGAAAUGUCUCAUCAGAACAGAAGUUCCGACCCUGAUUCUGGCUACCGCACCGCGACCCCUGAGCCAGCCGCCUUCAUUGCAGACCCAGAAUCUCCACACCUGGCUCCCAGUCCAUGUCUGCAUCCAAACAUCACCACACGUGCCCGCAGCCGCAACCAUCGCCGUCUCAGCGAUCUCUUCGGCAUCUCCCAUCGUGGCCGUCACACUCCAACACCGACCUGUGAUCAAGACAACAGACCCAAAAUCUCAAGACCCAUCGUCGAUCAAGGAGAGACUGAAGUUCCCAACAAUGGACCAUACAUCUACAAUCACCCCAAUCGACCUCGCCUUGAUGUUGAGAUUCCCAGAAGCAGUUUCAGCGAUCUUUGGGGCCAGAGAUAUGGCCCUAUCGGUGAUACGGGAUAUGACGUUGACCAUGUCCAACGCGAUGUCAGAAACACUCAGAGUGUGGACUUUGGACGUCUCGUUGGUGGCAGAGAGAAUCACAGACAUGAUACCAGGAGAUAUGGUGUCAGUCUUGGUGGCAUUGCUGAUUGGAGUGCUUUUGUCGCAGCCAAUGGUACGACUGGAUCGACAAGGGGUUCUGAACACGGUGAAGCAGCACAAGACGAUGAUAUGGAUGCGUCGUAUCUGGCGCCACUGGUCUCUCCUGCUCUCGAUUCUUCUUCGUCGUCUGUCGUCACAACAUCAGCCUCGCUUCCUUCUAUCUCAAACUUGCCUCCUCUGCCAUUUUCAACCUCCAACUUGCCAGCCCUGCCACCCUCGACCGUGGCUCUAGGUGAAGAGCGCAACCUCACACCUGAGCCCGAGGCAGAACGUACACGCCCGCCCUCUCCUGUAACUCGCGAACCAAGUGAACGCUGGGUACAUAUUCCCCUCUCCCUCUCUUCCUAUACAUUCACUAACCGUCUCACANNGAUCCGCCACCCUCUCCGCCAAAGCCCACCAACCCACCACCCAGCCUUCGAGCCUCCACCUCCACCCCUUCCUCUCCAAUCCACUUUCCAACCACUCCGUCUCCCGUCNCCUGCUCCCUGGACCACUGUUUUCCAGCACUUCCGCCCUUCUUGCGGUGUCGUGAUUUCCAAUAUCGGAUCUACAGCCAUGGUUCAGCCAUUCAUUGUCACCCCUGAUUAUGACGAUCACAUAGGAUUUGAGAGCAGCAUUGAGGAAGAGAGUAUUGUGCAGGUGAGAGAGGACACACCUUCGCCUUUGCCUGUGCAGAGAAGACUGUUUGUUGAUAGUGAUGGUGCUGCUACUUCCACUGCAUCUUCUGCUGCUCAACCUCGUCGUAGAGGAAGUGGUGCUCUAAAAUCUCUCUGCUGUGGCUUGUUUCCUCGCCGCAGCUCUAGGGCUCACACUACUGCAAACACCACUGCGACGUCAACUUCAACUCAACCCUUCGCUUCUGUGAGCCAGCGUUCUGCGCCAGUCACCCACGACACUAUCCCUGAGCGCAGUGAAGAUGGACGCAGCGACAUCAGCUCCGACGAAGAACCAGAUAACGAUCAAGAAAACCAACCUCCCGCAAUCAUCGAAACUCUGGUUGAGUCAAACAAUGAGCAGGGAGGGCAAGAAGCGGAUGAAGAAGAAGGUGUUAGAAGAAGACCUUCUGUGCGUCACAGUUGGGUUACCGUGUCUAGAUGGUUGGAGUAG